GAGACUCAAAAGUGUCCGUGGAAAGAGGAUUCACCGACUUUUAACGACGAAAUAUGACGUGGCACCGCCUUUAACGCUCACGGGGCUUUUAUUUAUGUCGGGUUUUUUUAGCUGUUACUCGUUUAUAACUUGUUAAAAUCGUCAUUUUCCACCCGGAACACCUGGAUUUCUUUCUAUAGGGAUGGAUUCCCCACAGCUCACUGAAGAUGAAAUGGCAGAGAUUAAAAAAGACGUGCUGACCAGACUGCGGCACUACCUCUGCGACAAGAUCAGAGCCGAUCGCCACCUGGACUACCUGCGCUCCCAAAGGAUCCUGACGCGAGACGACGCAGAGGAAAUCAGCUGCAGGACCACGCAGACCAAGAGGACCGCGACGAUGCUGGACAUCCUGGCCGAGAACCCCCGCGGUCUGGACGCCUUGAUCGACUCCAUCCGAGAGAUGCGCUCGCAGAACUUCAUCAUCGCCAGGAUCACGGAUGAAGUGCAGAAGGCUAAAAACGAGAAGAUCGAGUCUCUCAGAGCCUCGGGGACCUCCUCGUUCUUCAGCUCCCCGAGCACAACCAGCGACCUCCCCAGCACGUUUUCAAACAACUCCACGCUGCUCUUCCACCCAGACGGAGAACAAAGCCCCUCCACCUCCGACGUCGCGGGCUUGCUCAACGUGCCGUCGCUACAGAAAUACGACCAACCUCCGUCUGCGGUCGGCGCCAGCGUCGGGGUCGCCUCCUCCAGCCUCCCGAAGCCGGGAGACCCGGGAGCUCCCCCGCUGCCGGACGAGAUCCUGUUGGAAUCUCCCUCCAACAUGGACGCCACGACGCCAGGGUGCAGCAGCAGCGGAGGGGACUCAAAUUUCCACCCGCUGCGGUCGCGUUCGCUCACUCCGACGUCACACAGGAGCAUCUUCUGAGUCCUCAGGACGGCCCAUUUACAGGAACACACGGA